AAUUUUGAACGUGUACCUUAGAAAAUAACCCACAAUUUUUCUAAUCCACAUUUUUAAUUACCGUCCUUGAACAAUAAACAAUCUCUAGGGAGAAGUUGUUAAAUUUCUAAACAUAACUCCAUAAUAUGUAUGUUCAAUGGCGAAAGAAUAGAAUUUGUUGCGCACAAAAUGACAUCGGGAUCAACAUGUUGAAUAUUUCCAAACCACCCUCCCUCCCCCCUGGUAAAAUGUCAAAAGGCAAGGGCAAAAGUUUGGCUAAUUUCAUUAAAAUUCUAACAGUGCCUUUUCUCUGCCCAUCCACCCCAAAUCAAAUGAAAAAUAAUUAUUUACAAAACUUUUCGAACAAUUACAUAUUUAAUGUAUUCUGAAUUCUAUAAAAGCAAAAGGAUGUUGGGGCAAAUGUUUCAGUUAGCAGCGUAUUUUCAACAAUGGAAAUUCCAAAUAUUACAACGGUAUUGCCACAACAAGUUCAGGAGGACGAACAAGAACCCUCUACAAGCAGCAAUAAAACGCUUAAAUCUAGUCAUGCAAAUAAAUCUGAUACGAAUGACGAUUCUUCCGUUCAAACACGCCAUGGUUUGCGUUUCCUGUUCAUUGGUUUUCGUUUACUUGGCGUUUAUUUUCCCAAACGUGGCAGAUUUUUGUAUUUUUUGUGGUCCCUUUUUGUCAAUCUCUAUGCGACCAUAUAUUUGCCCACCGGACUUGUGGUGGGCAUUAUCACACAUCGAGAUGUGGCAAUUGGCGAUAUGCUGACGUCACUGCAAGUUGCCAUUGAUGUUGUGGGAUGUGCCAUCAAAAUCGUUUUAAUGUAUUUCCUUCUGCCUCAAUUACUGCAAUGUGAUCCGGUGUUGGAACGUCUAGACAAACGUUGUACCAGUCCCGAAGAAAAAGAUCUUGUUAGACGUUUCAUCAGCCAUGGCAAUCGUUUUGUCAUCUUAUUUGGCAUGGCCUAUUGGUCUUAUGCGAGUAGUACCUGUAUCAGUGCUGUGCUAUUUCACCGAUUGCCUUAUAAUUUAUAUAAUCCCCUUCUUGAUGCCACUGCAUCGAAGGGUAGUUUUGUAUUGGGUGUUUUUGUGGAAAUGAUGCCCAUGUAUUUGGCCUGUUCCCAGCAAGUUGUAGACGACUCCUAUGCUGUUAUUUAUACACAAAUCUUGAGGACACACUUGAAGGCCUUGGUUUUUAGAUUGCAACAUUUAAAUGAUGAUCAUCGAAAUGAGAAUGGGGUGAUUAGCCCUGAGGCCGAGGAAAGAAAUAUUGAAAAUCUAAAACUGUGUAUUAUUGAUCACAAAAAUAUUAUUGAGCUCUAUACCCGCGUGGCUCCGGUAAUUUCCAUAACCCUCUUUGUACAAUUUACCAUAACUGCAAGCCUCCUGGGAGUGACCUUAAUAAACAUUUUAAUAUUUGCCACCAACACAGCCUCAAUUGUGGCCUCGUGUUUCUAUGUGCUCGCAGUGGUUGUGGAAAUAUUUCCCCUCUGCUAUUAUGCCCAGUGUCUAAUGAAUGAAAACGAUCAUUUGACGGAGGCAAUAUUUCACUCAAAUUGGAUCCAUCAAAGCAAGCGCUAUCGUCAAAUGCUAAUAUUUUUUAUGCAACGUUCCCAGAAGUCCAUCGAAUUUACAGCAGGAAAACUAUUUCCCAUUACCUUGAGUAGUUUUUUGAGUAUUGCCAAGUUCUCGUUCUCUUUGUAUACAUUGAUAAAGGAGAUGGAUAUUAAGACACAUUAUGGUUUGGACUAAUGCCACCUUUAUAGGAUAUGUUUUUAGAAACUUGGUUUGAAUUCAUCUUAUAAAGAUUUUUAACGAAAUAAUAACAAAACAUAUAU